CACAUUCAACAAGUGUUGAUAGUCUCCAUCAUCAACACCUCCUUCUACUUUCUCAGUUCUGACUCUCUCUAUAUAUAAGCCAUAAACUUUGCCCCAAACACACCACGUUCUUUGCCUUCUCCAUUCACACAACACCAUUUGUUCUAUCGUGUUGUGUGGGGAUUGAUAUUCAAUGAGUCAGCGUGUGAGUGAUGAUGCUAUGGCAGAAGUUAUAGCAGAAACAAGAAGCGAUUCUUCUUCACGUAGACAUGGAGGAGGAGAUGAUGAUUUUGUUACUGAUCUGCCAUAUAUGCACAGAGUUGGAACUCCUCCUAAGCAGCCACUCUUCCAAGAGAUCAAGCAUUCUCUCAUGGAGACUUUCUUCGCUGACAAGCCCUUUCACAAGUUCAAGGACCAAUCUGGAUCUAGAAAGUUCGUUCUCGCUCUCCAAUCUCUCUUCCCCAUUCUUGAAUGGGGAAGAGAUUACAACCUCAAGAAAUUCAGAGGCGAUUUCGUUUCCGGACUCACCAUUGCAAGUCUUUGCAUUCCUCAGGACCUUGCAUAUGCGAAGCUUGCAUAUUUGGAUCCUUGGUAUGGAUUAUACUCAAGUUUUGUGGCACCUCUUGUGUAUGCUUUCAUGGGAACCUCAAGAGAUAUUGCGAUUGGACCUGUAGCUGUGGUGUCCCUCUUGCUUGGGAGUUUGCUUUCUAGUGAGAUCAGUGACACCAAAAGCCAUGACUACGUGCGCCUUGCAUUCACUGCUACCUUCUUUGCAGGAGUCACUCAAUUGGUACUUGGAGUUUGCAGGCUUGGUUUCUUGAUAGAUUUCCUAUCUCAUGCUGCCAUUGUGGGCUUCAUGGCUGGAGCUGCCAUUACUAUUGCACUGCAACAGCUUAAAGGUCUGCUUGGCAUAAAGAACUUCACCACAAAAACUGAUAUUGUUUCUGUAUUGCAUUCGGUUUGGAGUAACGUGCACCAUGGGUGGAAUUGGGAGACUAUACUCAUUGGACUAUCAUUCUUAAUCUUCCUUCUUAUAACCAAGUAUAUUGCUAAAAGAAACAAGAAACUCUUUUGGGUAUCUGCAAUUUCUCCUAUGAUCUCUGUUGUAGUGUCUACAUUUUUUGUGUACAUUACCAGAGCAGAUGAAAAAGGUGUAUCAAUUGUGAAGCAUAUCAAGAGUGGUGUGAAUCCAUCAUCAGCUAACGAAAUCUUUUUCAGUGGAAAAUAUCUAGGCGCUGGUGUUAGAAUUGGUAUUGUAUCUGGCAUGGUUGCACUUACGGAAGCUGUAGCAAUUGGGAGAACAUUUGCUGCAAUGAAAGAUUAUUCACUGGAUGGUAACAAAGAAAUGGUGGCAAUGGGAACAAUGAACAUUGUUGGUUCUUUGACAUCAAGCUAUGUGACAACAGGAUCUUUUUCUCGGUCAGCAGUGAACUUCAUGGCUGGUUGUCAAACUGCUGUAUCAAACAUUGUGAUGUCCAUUGUUGUGUUACUAACUCUGUUGGUCCUCACACCACUGUUUAAGUACACUCCAAAUGCAGUUCUUGCUUCUAUUAUAAUAGCUGCUGUUGUAAACCUGGUGAACAUUGAAGCAAUGGUUCUGCUCUGGAAGAUUGACAAAUUCGAUUUUGUUGCUUGCAUGGGAGCAUUCUUUGGUGUCAUCUUCAAGAGUGUUGAGAUUGGCCUUCUAAUCGCGGUGGCAAUUUCAUUUGCCAAGAUACUUUUACAAGUGACAAGGCCAAGAACUGCAGUUCUUGGUAAGCUUCCGGGGACUACUGUUUAUAGGAACAUCCAGCAAUACCCCAAAGCAGCACAGAUUCCUGGCAUGCUCAUUAUCAGGAUUGACUCUGCUAUCUACUUCUCAAAUUCCAACUAUAUCAAGGAGAGAAUAUUGAGAUGGUUGAUUGAAGAAGAAUCUCAAAGGACAGAAAGUGAAUUACCGGGAAUACAGAAUCUCAUUGUUGAAAUGUCACCUGUUACUGAUAUUGACACAAGUGGCAUCCAUGCCUUUGAAGAAUUAUACAAGACCCUUCAGAAAAGAGAAGUUCAGCUUAUAUUGGCAAAUCCGGGGCCAGUUGUAAUAGAGAAGCUCCAUGCAUCCAAGCUUACCGAUCUAAUUGGAGAAGAUAAAAUAUUUCUCACAGUGGCUGAUGCUGUUGCAACUUUUGGUCCAAAGGGUGUUAAAUAAAACAUAUCUGUUUCAAGAUAAAAUUCAAGUGUUGAUUGAAGCCACGGUUAUAAUUAAGAUGCUACAAAUACAAAAGGGUGGGAAUUAGUAUUAUAUUGUAUAAUAGAUAGCCUUAUAGAGAGUUAUUAGUCACCUUGAUCUGUCUUCUAUGUAGUUUCAUUUAAUUUUGUUUGUCUUUGAUUUUAUAUAUAGUGCCAAUUAAUGUAUAGAAGCAAAAUUACAUGUUCUGUUUUUCAACUGGUAGUUGUGAUUUACAAUACAAUAUACUUUAAGGUUAUAUGAAAACCAGCAAAGAUUAGAAUAUA